UUGUUUGUGUUGCAGUUUGUUGUCUAUGUUACCACGCCCCCUUUGAUUUGAAAUUUGUGCGCGAUGCUUCUAAUAUUAUUUUAUUGUAGCAAUGGCGGCUGUUUUUGGUGUGCAUGUGGGCAACACAACUGCUUCUUUGUCCUGUUUUAAGGAUGAGAAACUGGAUGUCGUGGCCAACGAAGCAGGCUACCGGGUCACACCGGCGGUCGUGGUGUUCCAUGAAAAGGAAAGGGUGACUGGUUUAGAAGCUAAGGCAGGAGCUGCUAGAAAUCUGAAUUCAACGAUCACUCACAACAAAUUCUACAUGCAUGCUGACCCAAACAGUGAAAACUUUGAAGAUGUUCGUGAAAAGAGUAGAGGAAAAGUUUAUGCAGAUGACGGAGUUGUCAAAUACUUGAUCCAAGAGGGGGAAAAGGAAUUAAAAAUCACUCCUGAUGAAGUUGCGACAUGUAUUUACAAGAGCAUGCAAAGUAUUGCUGACACUGCUGAGCGUUCAGUAAAGGCCCACAAGGCUGUUUUGACAGUGCCUUUGAAUACGCCUACUGCUCUGCUAGAAAGGACUAGGAGUGCAGCUGAAGCUGCUGGAUUUGAGGUUUUACAAAUGAUCAGUGAACCUUGUGCUGCUGUUCUAGCCUAUCAAGUAGGCAUCCAAGAUCCAAGUCAAAAUUGUCUGUGCCUUGUGUUUCGGUCAGGAGGAGUAAGUUCAGAUGCAACGAUCGUAAGUGCUGCUGGAGGUGUCUAUUCUAUAGAAAGCUUUGUACACAUGCAAGAUUUAGGAGGUGACCAGCUGAAUAGAAUACUCGCUGAGUUCAUUGCUGAUGAAUUUCAAAGAAAGUUCAAGUUGGACCCUAGGGAGUCCAAGCGCUCAAUGGCAAAAUUGCUGUCAGCUGCUGAAAACUGGAAGCACAUUUUGUCCAACCUCAAUGCUGCUGAUUGCUUUGUUGAAUCCUUACACGAGGGAAUCGACUAUCGUGUCAAUGUAUCUCGUGCUCGAUUUGAAAUGCUUGCUUCCUCAAACCUUCAGGAUUUGCUGCAGCCCAUUCAUGAAAUUCUCAAGCAAUCUGGAUACUGCACUGAUCAAAUAACCCACGUUAUUCUCAGUGGGGGCACGUUGAAAAUCCCAAAACUGCAAAAGAUGGUAGCUGAUCUCUUCAGCAAAGCUGAAAUUCUCACUGGCUUAUCUCCAGAUGAGGUUUUGGCCUUAGGAGCUGGAAGGCAAGCCAGUUAUCUUCCUGCCUCAUGGGAUAAAACAUUCAACGAACAGUCAAUUACUGUCCAAGCUUCAUCAAAAACUAUUUAUUAUAUGCCAAGUGAUGGGAAGUGGCAAUGUUUGAUUCCAUCAUCUACGCCUAUCCCAUUCAUGAGGAAAAUGAAGUUGACUGUACCUGAGGGAGGUUCCGAGCUAGUGGUUGAAGUAGCGGAAGGUGGCUCAGAGAAGGGAAGUUUGACCAAGCUUGGGAUGGUCAGUUUGAACGAAAUGAAGAGUGGAGCCUCUGUACUAAUGGAAAUUAAGUGGACAAACACUGGUUUACAAAUAAGCCUCAGCGAUGGAAGAGAAAAGCGUGGAGUUGCAGAGUUUCCCAUCAGUGAUUGAAAGUCAGUUUUUCUGCUGGAAUAUUUCAAUAAACUUUGUCAACUUUCAUAAAAA